ACUUCCUGGCCAGCCCCGGAAGCUAGCAGGCGUUGGGGAGGGGUGGGGGAGAUAGCGGCAGCAGCAGCCCCAGCCCUGAGAGAUAGCAGGAAGGGAGGGAGGGAGGGUGCUGGGGGGAUAACCCCCCACCAUUCCUGCAGCUAUGGGCCCAACCUCGCGCUCCCACCUCCCCUCCAUCGGCAGGGGCUAGGACACCCCUAAAUCCUGUCGCCCCCUUGGCACCGACACCCCGACAGAGAGAGACACAGCCAGCCGCCACCACCGCUGCCGCAGCCUGGCUGGAGAGGGGGCCAGCCCCCCAGGCCCCCCACCCCACUGAGGUGGCCAGAAUGGAGCUGUGGCCCGGGGCAUGGACGGUGCUGCUGUUGUUGCUUCUACUGCUGCUCUUCCUGCUGCCUGCCCUAUGGUUCUACAGCCCCAGUGCCAAGUACUUCUUCAAGAUGGCCUUCUACAACGGUUGGAUCCUCUUCUUGGCUGUGCUCGCCAUCCCUGUGUGUGCCGUACGAGGACGCAACGUUGAGAACAUGAAGAUUUUGCGUCUAAUGCUGCUCCACAUCAAAUACCUGUACGGGAUCCGAGUGGAGGUGCGAGGGGCUCACCACUUCCCUCCAUCACAGCCCUACGUCGUAGUCUCCAACCACCAGAGCUCCCUCGACCUGCUUGGGAUGAUGGAGGUAUUGCCAGGCCGAUGUGUGCCCAUUGCCAAACGUGAGCUACUGUGGGCCGGCUCUGCUGGACUGGCAUGCUGGCUGGCAGGAGUCAUCUUCAUCGACCGGAAGCGCACUGGGGAUGCCAUCAGUGUCAUGUCUGAGGUCGCCCAGACCCUGCUCACUCAGGACGUGAGAGUCUGGGUUUUUCCUGAGGGAACAAGAAACCACAAUGGCUCUAUGCUGCCCUUUAAACGUGGCGCCUUCCAUCUUGCAGUACAGGCCCAGGUUCCCAUUGUCCCCAUAGUCAUGUCCUCCUAUCAAGACUUCUACUGCAAGAAGGAGCGCCGCUUCACUUCAGGACGAUGUCAGGUGCGGGUGCUGCCCCCAGUGCCCACAGAAGGGCUGACACCAGAUGACGUCCCAGCUCUGGCUGACAGAGUCCGGCACUCCAUGCUCACCAUUUUCCGGGAAAUCUCCACUGACGGCCGGGGUGGUGGUGACUGUCUGAAGAAGCCUGGGGGGGUGGUUGAGGCCAGGCUCUGAGCUCUCCUCCCAUCAGUCCUGAUCGUCCUCCCCAUACCUACCAACCUAGUGGCCCUGAAGCAGGACCAAGCCCUCUUCCUCAGUGCCCUUCUUCCCACUUAUUCUCCUCUUUGGAAUCUUCAACUUCUGAAGUAAAUGUGGAUACAGUGUCACUCCCUGUCCCUUUCCUGGCCCCACCCAUGGACUGUCCUGCCUGGGUGCAGUCUCUACUCUGAUCCCCACUUCCUGCCAUCUUGUUUGUGGGACAGUUUCCUCCCCUUGAGUGGCUCAUCCUACACCAGAGUGGGAUUCAUUCCAUCCCAUCCCCAGUGGACUCUUCCUUUGCAGUCUUCUCUCCCUCUCCAUCCCACAUUGACCAGUGGACUCAUCCGUUCUGUGGAACAAUUCACUCCCCACUCCCAAGUCCAUGGAUUCAGUGGGCUCAUCCGUUCAUGAGGACUCCACUCUGUGGCUGGAAGCUGAAACCUGGAACACUCCUCCCAGGCUCAUCCUGGGAACUUCCUUUGGCACCUUCACCCCUCUCCUGGAGACCCCUCAGUGGGGGCAGACUUUUCUAACUCUGAGGUCUCAUCUCUGCCCUUGCCCAAAUGCCUAGGGUUGAGCACAUUCUUGGAUGCCAGUUUGGUCUCCACAUUUCUGUCCCUGUGGUACAGUUCUUUAGCGGUCCUGACCAGAUCCCACUCCAGCCCCCUGUACCAUCCUAAUCAGACAUGGGGGGAGAGGCAGACAACAGGCACUGCAAUCACUGCUCUCUGGGAAGUUGGGGAAAGGAACUGGCAGGGAGAGGAGGGCAUUUAAUUUAUUUCUCUUUCUUUUGACCUCCCCACCCUCUCUAAACCAGUUUCCUCACAGUGGCAUUGGCUGUUCCCUGCCUCCCACUCCAGAUCUAUUCCCCCAACCCAGGAGGUAGGCUGGGAGCAGAAGGAGAGGGUGGGACCCAGUUUUUUGUGGCUGGUUUUUAUUAAUUAUCUGGAUAACAUCAAGUGACUGAGAAUAAAGAGAAAGAGAGAUCUG